GUCGUGGUUUCCGCAAGCAGUGCGGCUGGCACUCUUGACCAAUCACGACUCGAGCUCCUCCGCUAACCGCCUCGAGGGCCGUUUCUGACACCCCGCGAUGGCAUCUCUCCCCCAGCCCCAACCCUCCACUUCCCUCCAUACGUCCCUCCGUUCGCAGCAACAAUCUCAAAAGCCGCUUCUCGCCCUCAUUCACAUCUCGGCUGCCGUGCUCUUCCGUCCUCCGCUCUACGGUCGCUCGGCACCAUGGGCGCACCGGAGAUCCACAAGCACGGCACAGAUGAUGGAUGGCACGGUGUGAUUGAGGAGGGAGGAGAGUUCCCGCCGGAGAAACACCGCUAUCAUCUUUACAUCGGUCUCUUCUGCCCUUUCGCUCACCGCACCAACCUCGUUCGGCACAUCAAGCACCUUACGGACAUCAUCUCACUUUCCGUCGUGAGGCCGUACCCGAAGGAGCCGAACGGUUGGUCCUUCCCCGACUCGAACGAAGAGUAUCCCAAUGCGACCGUAGACCAUCUGUUUGGCAGCAAGUUUCUGCGCGAAGUGUACUUCAAAGACGACAAAGAUUACAAGGGGAAGUAUAGUGUGCCGGCGCUGUGGGAUAAAAAGACGGGACGCAUCGUGAGCAACGAAUCGGCAGAGAUAUUACGUUGGCUCCCCACCGCAUUCAACUCUCUUCUCCCCCCGGAAAUCGCGAAGAUUGAUCUCUCCCCUCAAUCGCUCCGUGCCCAAAUCGACGACAUCACGCCUUGGCUGCAGGGUGACAUCAACACGGGGGUAUACAAGGCAGGUUUCGCACGCACGCAGGAAGGCUACGAAGCCGGGGUGAUCCCGCUCUUCGCUGCGCUUAAUAAACUCGAAGCACUUGUCGCGAAGAAUGGCGGCCCGUUCAUCCUGGGCAAACAGAUGACAGAGUUGGAUCUGAGGGCGUACGGAACGAUAGUCAGGUUCGACGUCGUGUAUGUGCAGCAUUUCAAGACGAAUCUAGGCACGAUCAGGCAUGACUACCCGGUAUUGAAUAAUUGGUUGAAGAAUGUGUAUUGGAAUGUGGAAGGGUUCAAAGAGAGUACUGAUUUUAAGCAUAUCAAGGAGAACUACACGAAGAGCCACAAGGAAAUAAACCCGCUCGCUAUCACGCCGCUAGGUCCGUUCCCAAAUGUCGAGGAGGGCUACGAGGCGGAUUGGACUCAGCUCAAGCCAGGGGCGGUCACGCAUCCUGCGGUGAUGGAAGCGAUGAGCCAACUUUGAUACCUAGAUAUCCCAUUUCAUAGAAUAGAAGGACACCGAUAGAUUAAGUAAUGACCUUCAUGAUCU